GGAAGGGUAUCAUUGUCCUGAAAGAAAACCAUGCAUCAAGCUAGCAUGUUAGAGAAAUAAAAAGGCUAUUUGAUAACCUUUGGAUCGGAAGACCGCCAUAAGCUCAGGAAACUCACUCGAGAGAGAGAGAGAGAGAGAUCUAGAGAGAGAAGAAUAGAGAUCAUAUAGGGUUUUCAGCUAAAGAAAAAGAUCAGAAAAGGAUGGCAAAGGCUCCUUGUUGUGAAAAUACGGGGCUAAAGAAGGGACCAUGGACUCCUGAAGAAGAUCGGAUUCUGAUUUCUUACGUCCAACUAUACGGACAUGAAAAUUGGCGGGCGCUUCCAAAACAAGCAGGUUUACGAAGGUGUGGAAAGAGUUGCAGGCUUCGGUGGAAGAAUUACUUGCGGCCAGACAUAAAACGAGGAAACUUCAGCAAGCAAGAAGAAGAGACCAUCAUCAAGCUUCACCAACUUCUUGGAAACAGGUGGUCCACCAUUGCAGCAAGACUACCCGGACGAACGGACAAUGAGAUAAAGAAUUUCUGGAACAGCCAGUUGAAGAAGAGAGUACUUAAGCAAAACCCAGCCACACCAGCCAACAUUAAACAGAAUGUUGGAACGCCUGUUUGUACACUAAAUACGAGCACUUCUAAUCAUGUUUAUGCUACUUUACCCCCCCAACAGUCUCAGAAGGUUUUGGGUUUACAAACCGAUUCGACAAAUGAUCGGAGUAUCUUGGGAAGAAAUGUUUCUGCAACAAGGGAUCAUUAUCCACUUACAAGCCGAGGACAUCCAUCUCUAUUGUCUCAUGAUCCCACGACGGAGACCACGAUCAAUAGCAGUUCUUUUAUGAGUGAUGAAAUGGAGUUUUGGUACAAACUCUUAGCUAAGUCGGGUACUGCUGAUCAUUAAACCUUCGUAAACUUAGGACAUGAUCAUGUUCAUGGGUCGGUUUUGAGUAAUUUAUAUUUCGAUUGCAUUAAUGUUCGUUUUUAAUUGUAUUGCGUUUGGUUGGCUGGAUUUUAUAUCCUUUAAUUGGAUCGGAUCAUAUAUUAAAA